UUCCCCCCCUUUCACCAUUUCCCCUCGGAGGCGCUUCCCCCGGGCAGGGGCAGAGCCGGUCUCACCCCCCGCCUCUCCCCGGCCCCCGCCGCCCUAUGGCGAGCGGGAACCCCCUCCCCACCCGGGCACAAGCGGCUGCGGUUGGAGGAGCGGGACCGGCAGCGGCCUCAGGUCCGGGGGCGUCAUGGAACUAAUUCGCUGACCGACCCACAGGCCGCAGCCGUGCGUCCCGCUCGAGCGCCCGCGCCCUCCGGCCCGGUUCCCCCUCUUCUCCCUCCUCAGUCGGCCCCGUCCUCGUCCCGCGCGCCCCGUCGCCGCGCGCUGAGGAAAAUGAGGUGGUAACGGGACCCCGGAUGACCCCUCGUCACCACUGUGAGGCCUACAGCUCUGCCGGGGAGGAGGAGGAGGAGGAGGAAGAGGAGGAGAAGAAUGUUUCUCCAUCCCAGAGAGAUGAAGUGAUUCAGUGGCUGGCCAAACUCAAGUACCAAUUCAACCUUUACCCAGAAACAUUUGCUCUGGCUAGCAGUCUUUUGGACAGGUUCUUAGCUACUGUAAAGGCCCACCCAAAAUACCUGAGUUGUAUUGCAAUCAGCUGCUUUUUCCUAGCUGCCAAGACUGUUGCGGAAGACGAGAGAAUACCAGUACUGAAGGUGUUGGCAAGAGAUAGUUUCUGUGGAUGUUCUUCGUCUGAAAUUCUGAGGAUGGAGAGAAUUAUUCUGGAUAAGUUGAAUUGGGAUCUUCACACCUCCACACCAUUGGAUUUUCUUCACAUUUUCCAUGCCAUUGCAGUGUCAACUAGGCCUCAGUUACUUUUUAGUUUGCCCAAACUGAGCCCAUCUCAACAUUUGGCAGUCCUUACCAAGCAAUUACUUCACUGUAUGGCCUGCAGCCAACUUCCGCAAUUCAAAGGAUCCAUGCUUGCCCUGGCCAUGGUUAGUUUGGAAAUGGAGAAACUCAUUCCUGAUUGGCUUCCUCUUACAAUUGAACUGCUUCAGAAAGCACAGAUGGAUAGCUCCCAGUUGAUCCACUGUCGGGAGCUUGUGGCAUGUCACCUUUCUACUCUGCAGUCUUCCCUGCCUCUAAAUUCCGUUUAUGUCUACCGUCCCCUCAAGCACACCCUGGUGACCUGUGACAAAGGAGUGUUCAGAGUACAACCCUCCUCUGCCCCAGGCCCAGAUUUCUCCAAGGACAACAGCAAACCAGAAGUGCCAGUCAGAGGUACAGCAGCCUUCUGCCAUCAUCUCCCAGCUGCCAAUGGGUGCAAGCAUACCUCUGCUAAACGCAAAGUAGAGGAAAUGGAAGUGGACGACUUCUAUGAUGGGAUCAAACGGCUCUAUAAUGAAGAUAAUGCUUCAGAAAAUGUGGGUUCUGUGUGUGGCACUGAUUUAUCAAGGCAAGAGGGACAUACUUCCCCUUGUCCACCUUUGCAGCCUGUUUCUGUCAUGUAGCUCCAGGUGUUACCUUCAAGUGCAGACUAAGGUAGACUACUGUGGGAAUGGGAACAUGGAAAACAGGAUAGGCUGUAUAAAGGUAUAUACCUUAUCAGGCUGAUUCGAAAUAAGCCAGAAAAAAAACCCUGUUGACUUGUAUGGCUAAUUAUAAUUCAACAUUAUUUAAGCACUUAAAGACCAAAAACAGUGUAAAAUUCAAGAUCAAAAAAUUUUUAAGUAAAAAAUUUCUUUGUAGUGUUUGUCAUUUCCACCCUUUUCUCUGCUAAAAUGUAAUGUAGAUUAAUUACCCUGUGUCAGAAAUUCACGUUCAGUGUUUUUUUUUUUAAAGUUCCAAAAUUCCUAGCUAGCAAACCUUGUCCCAGAAUCCUGAUUUAAUUUUCCUCUUGCUUUUGCUUGCUGCUUCUUUGAAUACUAAAUGAAUUUUAUGCAUGUUGA